AUGAGUUUCCUAAUAGACUCCAGCAUCAUGAUCACCUCCCAGAUACUUUUCUUCGGAUUUGGGUGGCUUUUCUUCAUGCGCCAACUGUUUAAGGACUACGAGGUACGUCAGUAUGUCGUGCAGGUGAUCUUCUCCGUGACUUUUGCGUUUUCUUGCACCAUGUUUGAGCUCAUCAUCUUUGAGAUCUUAGGAGUGCUGAACAGCAGCUCCCGCUACUUCCACUGGAAGCUGAACCUGUGCGUCAUUCUGCUGAUCCUGGUCUUCCUGGUGCCUUUCUACAUCGGCUACUUCAUUGUGAGCAACAUCCGCCUGUUGCACAAACAGCGGCUGCUUUUCUCCUGCCUCUUAUGGCUGACUUUUAUGUAUUUCUUCUGGAAACUAGGAGAUCCAUUUCCCAUUCUCAGCCCAAAACACGGGAUCUUGUCCAUAGAACAGCUCAUCAGCCGCGUGGGUGUGAUCGGUGUGACUCUCAUGGCUCUUCUUUCUGGAUUCGGUGCUGUCAACUGCCCGUACACUUACAUGUCCUACUUCCUCAGGAAUGUGACGGACGUCGACAUCCUAGCCCUGGAGCGGCGACUGCUCCAAACCAUGGACAUGAUCAUCAGCAAAAAGAAAAGGAUGGCAAUGACUCGGAGAACCAUGUUCCAGAAGGGGGAGGUGCAUAACAAGCCGUCGGGAUUCUGGGGGAUGAUAAAGAGCAUCACCACUUCCGCUCCAGGAAGCGAGAAUCUUAACCUUAUUCAGCAGGAAGUGGAUGCUUUGGAAGAACUAAGCAGGCAGCUUUUUCUGGAAACAGCUGAUCUACAUGCUACCAAGGAGAGAAUAGAAUACUCCAAAACUUUCAAGGGGAAAUAUUUUAAUUUUCUGGGUUACUUUUUCUCUAUUUACUGUGUUUGGAAAAUCUUCAUGGCGACCAUUAAUAUCGUUUUUGACCGAGUGGGGAAGACGGACCCUGUCACAAGAGGCAUUGAGAUCACUGUGAAUUACCUGGGAAUCCAAUUUGACGUGAAGUUCUGGUCCCAACACAUUUCCUUCAUUCUGGUUGGAAUAAUCAUUGUCACAUCCAUCAGAGGACUGCUGAUCACUCUUACCAAGUUCUUCUACGCCAUCUCCAGCAGCAAGUCCUCCAACGUCAUCGUCCUGCUGUUAGCGCAGAUCAUGGGCAUGUACUUCGUGUCCUCGGUGCUGCUGAUCCGGAUGAGCAUGCCGCUGGAGUACCGCACCAUCGUCACCCAAGUGCUGGGGGAGCUGCAGUUCAGCUUCUACCACCGCUGGUUCGACGUCAUCUUCCUGGUCAGCGCGCUCUCCAGCAUCCUGUUCCUCUACCUGGCGCACAAGCAGGCGCCCGAGAAGCACAUGACGCCGUGA